GUGAAGUUGAAACAGAGUUUAGCCAGCAAGCGAUAGUGUUUUUUAGACAACUUGUGAUAUUGAGAGCCAGGAUUGUUAGUCGAAGUAGAUCUAGCACCUACCGUGAAAACAGGUGAAUUAUCGAUCUAACAGUAGGAAAUUGAAAAGCGCACCGCUGCAACUAACCUGAAAAGAAAGAGGAAAAAGGGAAAACUAUUAAUGUAAGUAAGCAAAUGAAAGUGAAGAAAAGUGAAUUAAUGAGAUUAUUGUUUUCGAUUAUUUUAUUUGAAUAAAAAUAGUUUUAAGCUGCUGCAAAUCGCAUUAAAAGCACUGCUGUAAAAAUUUAGUUAUUUAGGGUGGUCCGAAAUCGAACAAACUUAAAAAUUAAUAAUGGUUGGACCAAAUCCAAACCCGGAAAAUCCUGAAAAGUCAGGAUAUAAUUGCGCGGCUUGUAACCGUCCGGACAAUGAAGAGUCGCAAAUGGUGUUUUGCGAUCAUUGUGAGCGAUGGUAUCAUUUUGGUUGCGCCGGUGUUACGGCGGAAAUAAAGGAUGUUUCGUGGUGCUGUCAAAGGUGCGUUAGUAUCGGAACCGGCGAUUCGAGUUCGGACGGUCUAAACGAGGAGUUGGAAAAGCUCGAGCAGGAGAAAAAGAGACAGAAAAAGGCUCUCAAGAAGGAGAAAGUUUUGCACCAGAAGCGACUGGAGAUGCAACAGGAACUUAUCGAGAUGCGUCAAAUGCUGGAUAAAGAGAAGAGGGAGGUUGAAUUGGCGUUCGAAAAGGCACAGACAAAAAGGAUAGGAGAUCGUUUUGAAACUGGUCUGUUGUGGAAGGAAGAUAACCCCGAAUUCCCGGAUAGUUAUCUUAUGGCUAUCAAACGUUUAAAAUGUCUGGAAAAUCGUCUACGAAAGGAUCCAGAGCUGUACGAUAAAGUUCGUAACACAAUCGCUGACUACGUGUCGAAAGGGUACGCCCACAAAGCAACGUCGUCAGAGCUAGUAGCUUUCGAUAGCAGAGAGGUAUGGUAUGUACCGCUGAAUUUUGUCUACAAUCCGAAGAAGGAAAAGUUGCGGCUGGUAUGGGAUGCCAGAGCAGAAGUGAAAGGAGUUUCACUGAAUUCAAAGCUGCUGAAGGGUCCAGAUAUGCUAACCGCCUUGCCUGCUGUUAUCUGUAAGUUCCGAGAGCGGAGAGUCGGCUUCGGAGCAGAUAUUAAGGAGAUGUACCAUCAGCUGCGUAUACGAGAGGAAGAUAAACGAGUGCAAAGAUUUCUAUUCCGAAACGAACCGUCCGCGAAGCCGGAGGUAUACGUAAUGGACGUAGCCACGUUUGGGUCGACGAGUUCGCCAUGUUCCGCCCAGUAUGUUAAAAACAUAAACGCGAAAGAGUACGCCAGACAGUUUCCAGUGGCUGCGAAAGCCAUAAUAGAAAAUCACUACGUCGACGACUAUUUUGACAGUGCGGACACAAUCGAAGAAGCAGUGAAACGUGCGAAAGACGUGCGAUACGUCCAUUCCAAGGGAGGUUUUGAGUUGCGUAAUUGGGUUUCCAACUCCGACGAGUUCUUGGUAGCCUUGGGAGAAAGAAAAGUUGGACAGCGCGUACACUUUAGCGAAGACAAGGAGUCCGGAUCCGAGCGAGUGCUUGGGAUAGUAUGGAGCCCGACGAGCGACGAAUUCUCGUUUUCCAUUAAAUUGAGAGACGAUUUAACACCGUUUCUAUCCGGUGAACGACUACCUACGAAAAGGAUUGUAAUGAGCUGUGUAAUGAGCUUUUUCGAUCCGUUAGGACUGCUGUCUAACUUCACGUUUUACGGCAAGCUGCUGAUUCAAGACUUAUGGCGCAGCGGAUGCGAUUGGGAUCAGCAGAUUGAUAGUGAGUGUGCAGAAAAGUGGAGAAACUGGAUCCAAAGACUUCCGGAUGUUGAAAACGUGCGGAUUCCCCGCUAUUAUUUCCGAAGGAGCUGUAUGUUCAAUUACGACAGUCUGCAGCUGCAUACCUUUACCGAUGCAAGUCAGGAUGCGUACGGAACAGCUGUGUAUCUCCGCGUAGAUACGACUGACGGACCGAUAUGUUCGCUUGUGAUGUCGAAAUCAAAGGUAUCACCAUUGCAGCACAUGUCAAUUCCUCGUUUGGAGCUCCAAGCAGCAUUGCUGGGUGCAAGACUUGCCAACUCUGUCUCCGAUGUUCUUUCACUAGAAGCAAGGCAACGUUUCAUGUGGUCCGACUCAAAAACAGUCUUGUCGUGGAUACACUCCGACCAUCGCCGAUAUAAACAAUUUGUGGCAUUCAGGAUCGGUGAAAUACACACUCUAACGAAGCUCGCGGAUUGGAGAUGGGUUCCGACGAAGUGCAACGUCGCCGAUAGCUUGACAAAGUGGGAGAAAACGCACAGCCUCCGUUCCGAUGGAUCUUGGUUCCGUGGUCCCGAGUUUCUUUAUCUGUCGGAGGAUCAUUGGCCGAAGCAGGAUGAAUCGAAACCAAACGUCGCCGAAGAAAUGCGAGCCUGCUUUCUAUACCACGAAAUUGCAGUGAUUGAACCGAUGCUAGAUCCGCGGCGUUUUUCGAGGUGGAAAGUUCUGGUCAGGACAGUAGCAUGUGUUUACAGAUUUAUCACGAACUGUAGACUGAAGAAAAAAGGAUUACCGAUUGAAGCGGUUCCUAUUAGAGGGACAUUCGAGCAGGUGGAGAAAAAAGGUGUACAAUCGAAUAUAGUACCGUUAAAGCGCGAAGAGUAUCAGAAAGCAGAGGCGUAUCUCUGGCGGUUGGCUCAAGUAGAUUGUUUUGAGGAUGAAGUCAAGACGAUGAAGAAGAACCGACAUGUACCGGUCGAGCAGUACCACCAAUUGGACAAGUCCAGUUGCAUUUACAGUUUGAGCCCAUUUUUGGACGCCGAGGAUGUGAUACGUAUGGAGGGUAGAGCAGCACGAGGAUCGCUGCUGCCAUUCGAACUAAAAUUUCCGAUCAUUUUACCAAAGAAGCAUCCGAUUACUGACAAGCUACUCGAGUUUUACCACCAGAAAGUAUGCCACGGGAACAUGGAGACUGCCGUUAACGAAAUACGACAACGUUUUCACAUCCAGGGACUGCGCGCAGAGCUAAAGCGAAUCGGAAGGGCUUGUAUAUGGUGUAAAGUACACAAAUGUCGACCAUCGAUCCCCAGGAUGGCCCCACUUCCGGAGUCGCAUGUUACACCGAAUCGUCCAGCAUUCAGUCAUACUGGCGUAGACUUUUGCGGGCCGAUAACAGUAACUGUCGGUCGGAGAUCGGAGAAGCGAUACAUCUGCUUGUUCACGUGUAUGACAACAAGAGCGGUACAUCUUGAGAUAGCUCACAGCCUAACAACUCAAGCAUGUCUCAUGGCCAUACGACGAUUUGUGUGCCGUAGAGGAAAGCCGCUAGAAUUUUACUCAGAUAACGGUACGAACUUUCAAGCAGCAAGCAAAGCAAUCACGCGACAGAUCGGGACGGAUUGUGAGGAUGAAUUCACUGAUUCCAGGACCCGCUGGAACUUCAACCCACCCAGCGCACCUCAUAUGGGCGGAGUAUGGGAGCGACUGGUUCGCUCUGUAAAAGCAGCACUAACCGUGUUCGACGACGGCCGGUCAUUGACCGAUGAAGUUCUACUGACGACCCUCGCUGAAGCCGAAGACUUGAUCAACUCGCGGCCGUUGACGUACGUUUCCUUGGAUCCAGAAGGAGAAGAAGCGCUGACCCCGAAUCAUUUCAUUCGCGGUGUCGGUGCAAUCAACGCGGAAUGUUUCAUUCCGCCUACAUGUGAAGCCGAGGCACUCCGUGAUCGGUAUAAGCGAUCGCAACGACUGGCCGAUAAGCUGUGGAUACGGUGGGUGUCCGAAUAUCUACCGUCAAUCAACCGAAGAACGAAAUGGCACAAUGAGUCGCCGCCAUUAUCUCUUGGAGAUCUGAAGUCUACCCAGGAGCGGACGGCAGAAUCCGUCAGGCGAUGGUAG